UUGAAUGGAGAGUCCCCGUCAAUCGAGAGCGAGAGCCUUGAGAACCAUUUGUUGUGAUUUUUAGGGUUUUUGUUUUCUGCAACACUUUGUAUAAUCGUAGAGUAUUAAUACGUGUACAGUCAACUCAAUCCAUGGCAUCUACGAUGAUCCCACUUCCCCUGUUACCGUUCUCCGAAAGGUGUUUCUUCUUGGUGAAAACCGCUUCCUUCUCUACAACUACACCUGGUGCUCUCCUUUUUCUCAUCAUUCCUGAAAAGGAAGAUUACAAGGAGUGGAAAUUGAUUGAGUAGUGAAGAUGGUAGGGUUUCAUGAGUCUAGAGGGAUUUAGGUUUCUGAGAAUUUGUUCAGGAGGCAUUGAUUUUGCAGGUUUAAUGCUUUAACCAUUUACUUUGGUAGAUUGAAUUUGGAAUUCUCCAAUGCUGACAACACUCUUUUCAAGAGAGAAAUAUCAGGAGGAAAUUGUACAAAGCGAAAGAGAAAUAACAAUAAACAAGCGUAAAGCAUGUCAGUUUAUGGCGUCAAUUGUAGAUGGUUGCAUCUACGCUUUAUUAUGAGAUCGAUGAUAAUAUUUGAAAUUUUCAGCAUGUCUUAUUCCACUUCAUUUGAAGGUGAAGCUUUAAUAGAGAUUAAAGUGGCCUUAAAUGAUUCCAACAACAAAAUUUCUAGCUGGGAUGGAAGUUAUGUGAAUCCUUGCUUCAGCUGGUCAUUUGUCACUUGCAUUGAUGGCCGUGUUAUAUCCUUGAGCUUGGCAUCGAAAGGCUUUUCAGGAACUCUUUCACCUUCAAUUACAAAGUUGAAGUAUUUGAUGAGCCUGGAGUUGCAAGACAAUCAUUUAUCUGGUGUUUUACCUGAUUAUCUUGGCAACUUGGUGAGCCUCCGGAACCUGAAUUUGGCAAAUAAUAGUUUCAGAGGAUAUUUGCCAAGUCAAUGGGGCCAACUUAAGAACCUCCAGCGAUUGGUGAUAAGCAACAACAACUUAACCGGAAUUAUUCCCCCAUCAUUUGGACAUAUUUCAGAACUAAAGGAAGUGGACAUUUCUUCCAACAAUUUGAAAGGAAAAAUUCCUGAUGAGUUGUUCUCAAUUGAUAAAUUCAAUUUUUCAGGGAACCAUCUUGAUUGUGGAUCAAACUCAAAAACUCCUUGUGUCUCAAUCUCCCGAAUCUUAGAUUCUGCUAGAAAGCCAAAUUUGGCAGUCGUGGUUGGGGGUGCAGGAAUAGGUGCAUUUAUCCUUUUAUCUAUUGGUUUUAUCUUUAUUUACUGGAAUCGACGAGAACAUUAUCUUAGACAUGACAUCUUUGUUGAUGUGCCAGGUGAAGAUGAAUAUAAGAUUGCCUUUGGACAACUGAGGAGGUUCUCUUGGCGUGAGUUGCAGGUGGCGACUGACAAUUUCAGUGAAAACCUUGUUCUUGGACAAGGGGGAUUUGGGAAGGUGUACAAAGGCAUCCUUGCUGACGAAACAAAGGUUGCUGUAAAACGUCUAACCGACUACCAUAAUCCUGGUGGAGAGUUGGCAUUCCUGAGGGAAGUUGAGCUCAUAAGUGUAGCAGUUCAUCGAAAUCUUUUGCGAUUAAUAGGAUUCUGUGUCACCUCAUCAGAGAGAAUUCUUGUCUAUCCAUUCAUGCAAAAUCUUAGUGUCGCAUACCGCUUACGAGAAUUCAUACCUUGUGUCCAUGCUCCAGAUCUGAAACCAGGGGAGAAGGGCCUGGAUUGGCCAACAAGGAAACGCGUGACUUUUGGUACUGCUUGUGGUCUAGAGUACCUGCAUGAGCACUGCAAUCCUAAGAUCAUACAUCGCGAUUUGAAGGCUGCUAAUAUUCUGUUAGAUGAUGACUUUGAAGCAGUACUUGGGGAUUUCGGAUUGGCAAAGCUAGUUGACACAAAACUUACUCAUGUUACAACUCAGGUGCGUGGAACCAUGGGGCAUAUUGCUCCAGAAUAUUUAUCCACAGGAAGAUCAUCAGAGAAGACAGAUGUAUUCGGCUUUGGGAUCACAAUCUUGGAACUUGUAACUGGGCAGCGUGCGAUAGACUUCUCCCGCCUUGAGGAAGAGGAUGAGGUUUUACUGCUUGAUCAUAUCAAGAAGCUACACAGAGAAAAAACACUCGCCGAUAUUGUAGAUAAAAGAUUGAAGCAGAGCUAUGAUCCUGAGGAAGUGGAGGUCCUUGUUCAAGUGGCGUUAUUAUGCACACAGAGCUCACCCGAAGACCGGCCAAAGAUGACAGAAGUGGUGCGCAUGCUGCAAGGAGAAGGGCUUGCUGAGAGAUGGGAAGAGUGGGAACAGCUUGAGGUUCUUAGGAGCCAAGAAUAUUCAGUAUAUCGGCACCAGUUUGCUUGGGCUGAGGAUUCCACUUACAACCAGGAAGCUAUGGAGUUAUCGGCAGCAAGAUAGUAUAGUUCUUUGAGCAUAGUUCACUUUAAUGCAUAACUUAGCAUCAGGGACUGACUUCUUGUAAGUCACUUAAGGGUCUUAGCCAUCAGCUGAUUAGUUUGUAUAAGCAGUUUGGGUCCACUGUUUCUAGUGCAUACUUUAACACCAGUAUAGAGCACUUCCAUAAGCAGAAUAAGCAAAAGGUUGCCAGAGAAAGAGAAAUAAAAUGUAUAAUCAUAUUUAUAGAA